UCAACUCGUAGCCAUAAUUGCUUGAGUACUCGAAGUGGAGUUGAUCGACCUCAUGUGGAUGUUUUGGCUCUGGCUGACCUACCAUUACUUUCCUUUCUCAAGCAGUCUGCAUGCGUUACCGUACAGGUCACCAGUCCUACAGCUGACACAGUUUCUUCAUCAUGUCAUCUUUCGCCAUUCGAAGAGAACAAGCACAGUUGUCUGAUAAGGCUGCAGAUACCGUAUUCGUGGUUCGGCGCCAUUGGGCACAACUCGACUUUCCGCCAGGUGCUCUCGAUGUCUCAUACGGUAUCAUCGACAUGUAACGUGCCGUUCUACGAUAGACCCCAAACUCCGCUCAGUCUCCUGGAUCUUUCACUGCUGUCUCGGGCGAAUCUGUCUUUCGCUCUCAAUUCGCUCAACUCUUUGUUCGUUCACCUCUCAUUAUGGUUAGACGCACGAUUCGAUCUACUCAAUGUCUCUCCGUUAGCGCCCGACGUGUGGUCCUUGAGGGUCGUCUCAGCUACUCGCCCCCUGUUCUACACUUCCUUUAUAUGCAAGAGGAAAACUAUAGAGGCCUCUAAGCAACAAAUCUUUGUUACUUACUACUUUUAUAUAGCCAAUACUGUUCAGGAGCACAUUCACAAGGUGGCUACCAAGUUCCGCGUUGUGCCGGAUGCGUUGUACGCCCUCGUACCUGUUGCUAAGAACACCGACCUCAUAAACACCGGAGUACUAUCCGGGCAACAAACCGCAACCUCUAUGAGGGUGUUCACCGCCUCUCUAGGUGGAGUUAUUCGCGAUGUCACAUCUCGCUCACACUGCAUUUCGGCUGAGUCAAGAGUUCUGAAAACGAGUCCCACAUGCACUUCGGUUUACGUCGAUGGAUCGGAACUGAGAGGAAUGCAAAAUAUGAAAGUGCACGUUCACUUCGAGAAAUGGACCACCUUCAUCGCAUUUACUGUCUGGUACCCACGCCUCCCAAUUACGUUGUGGCUACGUGAUCCGGUACUGAACUCGAUUACUGGCUGGCCGAUUACCGUCUGGAAGAAUCUACAGGGCGAACGUCAUCAAAAAGGGGCUGCUAAACAGUUUGCUUGUGGUAAUCGUUUCCAACAGACUGAGCUACGAGUUUUUGCUUCAUUCCAAGUUAGCGACGAACGUACUGGAGAACGAAUGUACCUGAGUGGUCAUCGUGACAUCAUGUUCGAUGUUACUUCACUUGUUGUGAGCCAUGUUUCCAGAAUCGUCAUCAAAGCGCAGGCGCCAAACAUCGACUUUGGCAGUACAACGAUGGUGGUGUCCGGAGAAACGGUGGCCGUUAUGAGACUGACAGCACUGCCCAUUGUCGAGAUGAACAUUAACAUCGAACCGACUGCUGGGAAACGAGCACAGUACGACGUCGUCACCACCCUUGAAACAACAUUUCAGCAUCGUUAUCAGGUGAACAGAAGCGUUCAACUGCAAUUACUGAGGGCGAUUGAUGAUAGUAGAUAUGUAGUUCAGAUGCCUCAGUCCUAUUCAUGA